AUGGAGCCACCAAGACCGCCCCUUCCUGAUAACUCAUCACCCGUGCGAAUGGCUGCAAUCAAUGACGAAUCCAUUGUUCCACAUGUCUUCGUUGCUGGUAGACUUGUGAGCCGCAACAGAGCAACACAAGAGAACUCGACAAUCAUUCUUUCUUCCACGGAGUCCGAUAACAACUUGCAUGGGCGGUGGACGCCGCCUUUGCUGGCAAGCACAUCUCAGUUCGCCGCUCCCGUCGAUUCACAAUAUUUGACUGCUUCCCAAGCAGAAGAAUCAGACAUUCCAUACGAUGAAUGGUUUGAGUACCAACCCCUAGAUGAAGUUGAUACGGAGUUUGUUGGCCAAACUUCAAAUGCAGUGGAGACCCAUGAGCCCGCCUCUCAGGCUGAGGAGCGCCGGGCACGAUGGGCUUUGAUCGAGACUCAUAUUAACUAUGAGGAUUCUGCAAUUGCGCAGAUAAUGUCGUUCAUGUCCCCGUUUGAUAUUUACCCAGGUGAAGACUUCUAUGUUCGAUAUGUAAAAGUGGCGUGGAUGUGCGGCCUCGACGCCAUGAUUGAGGCAAAGUCACGACUGAAUAACAAACUCCGGAACCAUGAAAGAUAUCUGGAGGAGGUCAAUGAAGUUAUCGCGUUAGACCCACAGCUUUCACCUGGUGAUGCUUGUUAUAAUUUGCGUGUUUACAACAUCAACGAACGGGCAAGAAUGCUCGGCGCUCUUGAUCAAUAUGAUACGUUCAUGCGCUAUGCAGAGGCAAUUGGCAUGAACAAUCCUAAUGAUCCAGAAGGUUUUGCUGCCCAACAAGCCCAUGGGAAUCCCAACUACAUUCACAUGCAGCCUGGAAGAGCGAUCGAUGAUGGUUCGCAUGGUAACCUGUCAACUGAUGGUACCAAUGAGGUUGCGCGUGCAAACAUCAAUCGUGGAGUCGAUAUUAUUAACCCCGAAACCGGCCAUCCCAUCCAAUUCCAGAGGCAAUUAUUAACAGCAACAAACAACAACCGCAAUGGUACAGGCCGCACAGAUGGGAGCAACUCAGACAGUGAUAAUAUGCAGGUUGAUGGAAGCUCAGAGUUGAUGAUUCGUGAUGGUGUUGAUGGAAAUCGCAACAGAAACAGAAGAAACUCACGCUUCAAUCAAAUUCAGGUUGAUAGAAGAUCAGAGUUGGAUGUGAAUGGCACAAGCGGCAAUGUGCCUAUGGGAAGCAAUGACCCGCUCUUUGACGCCAAUAGCCGAUUGGACAGUCUCUUUAUUCCCGAAAUGGGUUCUGAGGCGGAAAUUUCAUGGACCCCUCAGGAAGCAUGGACAGAACGUCGUCCGAGAAACGAUAUUCGUGUCAGCAGAACCUUGCCCCGAAACUUCGGCCGAAACAUCCACAAUUUUCGAGCGGCAUUGCAUUCCAUCACUGAACUUGAUCAUGAGGAGCACGCCAUCGAACUGACUAGCACGGAUGAAAGUGAUGGGAGUCAUACACCAAACCUUGUGUUGAGCGACAAUGAAGAUGAAGUAAACCACAGUGCAUUUCAGAAUAGGAUGCAGUAUCUUCAGAAUGAGCCCCGCGUCACAUCAGUUUCAAGCAGUUUGGAUGAUGAACAACAGACGAUGAGAAAUUCUAGCCCCGGACCUGGACUGAACGAAGAAAUGCUCUCAGAGCUUUCCUUUGAUCGGGAGCACAGAAGUACUGAGGAAUUGGAUUACCAGGCAUCCAUCAUUCCAUCAGACUUUUUUGAUGUGUUUGUUGUAGACGUGGAGGGUGAUCAGGAAUGGGGAGGAUCCGGUGGAAGGAGAGGACGCUUCCUGGACGAACAAUUUGAGGAUGGCAUGAACCACAGCUUCGGAGGGGAUUACCCAGACGACAUGUCGGAUACACCCCUAUUAUCUCAGAAUAGCCCAUUCGGCAGACAUAACCCAUUGUCCCGGAAUAGCCCAAGCAGAGCUAUCUCGAGGUCGAGUGUCCGCCAUAGGCACUAUGUACCUGUAGGGGGCCUCAGCAGCGUUGGGUCUCGUAUGAUCACCUCGAGUCUAAAUGCCCGUCGAAGGCAUGAUGCACGUGAAAAUGUCCGAAACGCCCGUCGCGCGCUCACAAAUUCAUCGAGAUUGAUUGACGAUCUGAGAGAUAAGGUGCCUGUAACAACUGUUCUCGGUCUCGACACGCCAGACAGUCGGCACAACUUCCAUUACUUGCCUGUGUAUUCGACACAGUUGAUUGAUGCCAGUGUCAGACAUACUGCGCCCGCUAUUGUGAACACCAGCAGAAUCAAUGCGCAUGCUCGAAUUUGA